AUGUUUGCAGGAUGUUUCAAUAUCCAAAGUCUACCUGGAAACCUCAACAUUGUGCUGAGUUUUUCAUUCAACCACAAACACAUUGCUGUUUUUCCAAUUUACUCAGUGAGCAGGCCAAUGUCAUUCUGCAAGCGGCUUCACCUGUCUCUGGCAGAGGCUUGUCUGGUGAUUUACAACGUGAAGACAGACACUCCUCACGACAUCACGGUUUGUCUGUACAUGGAGCUGCGUGUCGGAACACGUCCGGUGGCCACUGUACAUCUAGACUGUGUGAGGAAGUUACAUCGACGUAUACAUUUCAUACCUGUCAAGUCACACACUCGCAAGGGUUCUCUUCUUGAUGUACAUGUUUUACCCAAUGAUACAACACUUACAAUACUCAGGCAAGAGUUUCAUUGGACCCGAAGCCUAAACAGUGACUCUUCAGACUCUGAUCAGUCUUUAGAAAACGAAUCAUCCGAAUCUGAAUCCCAAGCAAAAGACUCAUCUGAAUCUGACUCAGAGAUGGGGAACGACUGUGCCUGUGAGGAGAUUAUAAGACCUGCUCAUCAGAAAAGAGUCGUUCAUUGGCUAAAAAGAUUGUUCAGUUGGUGGCAGGACUACCGUCAAGACUUUUAACCAAGUUCCAAAAAUAUUUUAGCCUACAGAAAAUGUUUCAUAUAAUUUUCUCAAUAUUCAAUA